AGGAGUCGCGAGAGAGGAAUCAACGACCUCUAAUAACUCAAGAGAUUAUUGAUUAUUGUUCUUUUUCCUCCGCUCGGAUACCAACCACGUUCUCGUGCUUUUUUAAAUUCAUUUCUCAACUCUUCCCGCUCUGCUGUUAUCUGGACACGAUGGCCAGUUCGGGGCUGCAGCUCCUCGGGUUCUUCCUCUCGCUGGUCGGGCUCGCCGCCACGGUCGCCGCUACUUUGAUGGUCGAAUGGAAGAAGCAGUACCAGGGCAAGACGCACCGCAUCUACGAGGGACUGUGGAUGAGCUGCAGUGGAAACGAGAGGACAACCUGUGAAAUUCACCAGUACCUCCUGAAGCUGCCAACUGAGGUCCAGGCUACCAGAGGAGUGAUGCUGGUCAGCAUCUUCCUCUCUGCUGUGGCGCUGAUGGUGUCCACAGUGGGAAUGAAGUGCACCCGCUUCAUGGACGGCAAAGCUGAGAGCAAAUCCAUAACAGCUAUGGUCGGAGGAAUCAUGUUUAUGGUUGCAGGUUUAUUGACCCUCAUUAUAACCUCCUGGUACGUCAAGAUGAUUGUUCAGAUCUUCAAUGAAUCCCAUCGCCUGCAGAGCUUUGAGUUCGGUAAAGCCGUGUUUGUCAGCUGGGCUGGCGGCCUCCUCACUAUGGCCGGCGGUGCUUUCCUGAGCUGUCGGAGAUGCGGGCAGUCCCAGUCCAGUGGGUCCAUCAGCUCCAACCACCUCCUCUCCACCACCCACCCAAAGUCCAACUACGUCUAGUGGAGGAGAGCAGUCAGCGUUACAUUUACCAACAAGAGCAGGUUGUGUUUCUACGAUGAGGAAAAAUCCCACUGUAGGAUUAUAAAUACUAACUGCUGAACAUCAAGCUAGUAACCAGGAUCUGGUUUGAAUCCCAGUUUAUACAGGAGUUUGAAUUUUUCUUUUUUAGCAUAACACUUAUGUCUAUCAGUCAUUGCAGUAAUUUCUGCUGCUGUCAGCAGUUUAUUUUUUUUCAAUUGAGAGAUAUAAAAGCUCAAAAACUCAAAUAUCAUAUGAAGAAAUCAAUAAAGUGCUCCAGAAAAAAAAUCUUAUUGGCUUUAUUUCGAGGGAAUCAGUGCGAUGCUAACUUCCAGGUUGGCCAAAAAAAAACCUCAUCCCUGCAGCACUCAAUUCUUCCAGGUCCUGAACUUCGUCAGCCUGUUCGUGUAAUGAUGAAUUCACAAUGUUCCUCGUCACAACUACCGAUUAAGAACACUUCUUUUAAUAGUGUACAGUGUACACACAAAGUCUGACGCUUGAUGUAAAGAUUUAUUUUGCGAUGUACAUUGCUUCAUUCCACUUUAGUU